ACGGGCAAGCAGGGAGCAGCAGUAAGGUGAAUGCGCCGGGUCAAAUCCGGUGCGAGGCAGUGUGAGGGGAAUCAAUUGGAAAAAUUUAAGCGUCUAAUUAAUAUCGUGAGCUGAGUCGAUCCGGAACGAUGGAGGUGAGGAAGCUGACGGAGCUGCUGCGGGCGACGAUCGACCCGGCGCAGCAAAAGGAGGCGGAGGAACAGCUCACCCAGAUUCACAAAAUCAUUGGUUUUGCACCCACACUCCUGCAAGUAGUAAUGUCAAAUGAAGUUGAUAUGCCUGUGAGACAAGCAGGUGUGAUUUAUUUGAAAAAUUUAAUUUCUGCAAAUUGGGCUGAGAAAGAAGAUGGACUUACGGAAUUUAAUAUUCACGAACAAGAUCGUGCAAUGAUACGCGAUGCCAUAGUAGAUGCGGUAGUUCAUGCACCGGAAUUAAUUAGAGUACAAUUAGCACUAUGCAUCAAUAAUAUAGUCAAACAUGAUUUUCCUGGGAGAUGGACGCAAAUAGUGGACAAAAUUACGAUAUACCUUCAAAAUCCAGAUGCAUCGUGUUGGCCUGGUGUUCUCCUUGCACUGCAUCAGCUUGUUAAAAAUUUUGAGUACAAAAAACCAGAGGAGAGGGGACCAUUACAUGAGGCAAUGAAUUUGUUAUUCCCUAUGAUUUACCAAUUGAUAGUACGCUUAUUGCCAGAUUCAUCCGAACAAUCUGUUCUACUUCAGAAGCAGAUACUGAAAAUUUUCUUCACACUUACACAGUAUACACUUCCUCUUGACCUUAUAUCGAAAGAAGUAUUCUCCCAAUGGAUGGAUGUGGUGAGACAAAUAGUUGACAGACCAGUACCGCCAGAAACUAAUAAUCCGGAUCUGGAUGAUGACGAACGGGUAAAAUUGCCUUGGUGGAAGUGUAAAAAGUGGGCGAUGCACAUUUUAUAUAGGGUCUUUGAGAGAUAUGGCAGUCCAAAAAAUGUGGCUAAAGAAUACAAUGAAUUUGCUGAAUGGUAUUUGAAAACAUUUAGCGCCGGUAUUCUCGAGGUUCUUCUGAAAAUCUUAGAUCAAUAUCGUAGAAAAAUUUAUGUCUCUCCUAGAGUAAUACAACAAUCACUCAACUACAUGAAUCAGGCGGUGAUUCAUGCGUACUCUUGGAGGUUUUUGAAAGUGCACAUGUUCGAGAUCAUACGCGACGUUUUAUUCCCCAUCCUUUCGUAUACAGUCGCCGAUGAAGAACUGUGGAACGCUGAUCCUUAUGAAUACAUUAGAGUAAAAUUCGAUAUCUUUGAGGAUUUUGUAUCGCCGGUGUCGGCGGCGGCGACCUUAUUGCAUACAGCAUGUAAGAAACGAAAAGAUAUGCUUCCACAAACCAUGCGGUUUUGUCUCGAGGUGUUGACUACAACAGGUGUUGAUCCGAAGCAAAAGGACGGUGCAUUACAUAUGAUUGGAAGUUUGGCCGAUGUUAUGUUAAAGAAGAAAGAUUUUAAGGAUCAAAUGGAUAAAGUAUUAGUACAAUAUAUAUUCCCCGAAUUUAACAGUCCUCAUGGACAUCUGCGAGCAAGAGCCUGUUGGGCAAUGCAGUACUUCGCGGAAAUUAAAUUUAAGACAGAACAAAUCUUAAUCAACGCAAUAGGAUUGAUUACAAAUGCCCUCCUGACCGAUCAAGACGUGCCCGUUAAAGUUGAAGCGGCUAUAGCUCUUCAGAUGAUGCUUGGGGCACAAGACAAGGCUCAUAAGUACAUCGAACCAAUGAUCAAACAAAUAACACUCGAAUUGUUAACUAUUAUCAGAGAGACAGAGAAUGACGAUUUAACAAAUGUUAUGCAAAAAAUUGUUUGUCUAUAUACGGAACAAUUGAUGCCGAUUGCUGUAGAAAUUUGUCAACACUUGGCUGCUACGUUUAGCAAAGUACUCGAGACAGAUGAAGGCAGUGACGAGAAAGCGAUAACAGCGAUGGGUCUCUUGAACACAAUAGAAACAUUAUUGUCAGUGAUGGAAGAGCAACCGCAAAUCAUGUCACAACUUGAGCCGAUUGUUCUUCAAGUAGUAGCUCAUAUUUUUGGACGAAACGUAACAGAAUUUUACGAAGAAGCGGCAUCGUUAGUUUAUGACUUAACGUGCAAAGCUAUAUCUGAAGACAUGUGGAAAGUCCUGGAGCUCAUGUAUCAAGUUUUCCAAAAAGAUGGUUUAGAUUAUUUCACUGAUAUGAUGCCUGCGCUGCAUAACUACAUCACUGUAGAUACUCGGGCGUUCUUAUCAAAUGAGAAUCAUAUCUUAGCCAUGUUCAACAUGUGUAAAGCCGUCUUGACAAAUGAAUGUGGUGAAGAUCCCGAGUGCCAUGCUGCUAAGUUGUUAGAAGUUAUAAUUUUACAAUGUAAAGGACGUAUAAAUCAGUGCAUACCGUCGCUUGUACAAUUAGUCCUAGAACGUCUAAUGCGCGAAAUUAAAACUUCGGAAUUGCGUACGAUGUGUCUUCAAGUGGUCAUUGCUGCUUUAUAUUACAAUGCUACAUUGUGCCUAGAAACAAUGGACAGAUUGCAAGGUAACUUUGAUCAGUCGUCAGAGCCGCUUGCUUCACGUUUCAUCAAGCAGUGGAUUAAUGACACAGAUUGUUUCCUGGGCCUACAUGACCGUAAACUGUGCGUUCUUGGACUGUGUACUUUAAUCAGUAUGACUCCGGCACGCCCAGCUGCUGUUAAUGAAUGUGCCACCCAAAUUAUACCAUCCUUAAUCUUAUUGUUUGAGGGUCUGAAGCGAGCUUAUGCCGCUAAAGUCUCGGACGGGGACGACGACGAAAAUGAUGACGAGGAAAGCGAUAUCGACGAAGAAGUUUUAUCGUCCGACGAAGACGACAUAGACGACACUAAUCAGGAAUAUCUUGAAAAAUUGCAUGAUAAAAUAACGAGAACGGCCGUUCAACACGGUUUUCAAAUUAAUUCAACUAUACACGACAGUCACGGUGACCAUAGGUCCGAUGACGAUGACGAUGAUUCGGAAUAUGACGGUAACGAAGAGACUGCUCUUGAAAGCUUUUUGACAUCCUUGGAUGCAGAUGAUCCCAAUCAGGAUGAAUACAUUAUUUUCAAGGAAGUCAUACAAACUAUUGAAAGAACCGACAUGGCCUGGUAUAGAACCUUAACAAGUCUUCUUACCCCUGAGCAAGAAAAAGCUUUACAAGAAAUUAUUGUGUUGGCAGAUCAACGCAAAGCAGCUUUCGAGAGUAAAAUUAUCGAACAGAGUGGAGGUUAUUCCUUCCCCUCACAGACUGUGCCCACCUCAUUUAACUUCGGUGGCACACCUUUAAGUCGAUAAGGACUUACAAUCAUUACAAAUUUUAAAUUAAGUAAGUAACUAAACAAAUUAUACAAAAUCUGAAUCAGACAUUUUCAGCACGCGAUCAUUACUACAAGAUCAUUUCGACGAUAUUAUGCAUUUCUUACUUACUAUUUUUGUGUAAACUAAUUACAAAUUACUAAGGCAAUUCGACAGUUUUACUUUAACUCGAUGAAGCUAACACUUUAUCUCUAAGAGAUCAGUCUUGUGCAUCCUGUUAUUUUAUUAGUCGAGACAUUUUUUUUUUUUUUUUAGAUAUGUUUAUUCUCUUUUAUACUAUAAAUAUUCAAAUUUGACUCAAUGAGAUGUUUUGGCCUAGCUAUAAGCUAUAAUUUGUUUUCUCAAUUAUUCAAAAUUACUUUUGAAUUUUUAUUAAUACUUAGUUUUUGGAAUAUCUUCAAUUAAGAAAAUUUCAGCUUACUGAAUAUACUUACUUUUCAUAUAAAAUACGUAUUUAUAAUCUCGAGUUAUGCCUUAGUCCGAAAUUGUUUUAUAGAGGACGAUUGAAUCAAUUAGUUUAUUAAAAAAAUCUAUUAUAAAAAUUAUAUUAAAUUGUUGGUAAAAAUGUAUCAAAAAAAUGUUUGAUUAUGUGUAAACAAUAAUUCUUAAUAUUAUUAACAAAUAAGUUAAAACGUCAUGCUGUACACUCUUGAGAUCUAUUUGCAAAUUACUAUUGUGUAACAAAAAAAUGUAAGUUAGCAAGGUUGCUAGACGUAACUUGCAGAAAAUGUUGCCUACAACAAAUAUUUAGAUAAAAUGCAAUUUAGGUUUUUAAAUAAACAUUGUUUUUUUUUCAAGUUCUUGUUUAAAUGUAUAUUGUAUUAUAAAUGGCCAAAUAUUCUGCAGCUACCGAUCACUUUACGUAAAUCCCAGCACAGCUUACUUUAUUUUGGAAAAAAAUAAGUUUCGCCGUAUCUUACACUAUCCGAUAUACCCUGAAAGAUGGAGCUGCAUCAAUAGCUUAGUAAACACUUUAGUUAGCUUCUGCAACUGUAAUUAAGUUUUUAUAAUAGUCGAUCUGGUAGGAAAGUUUUGGUAUUGUAUUAAAAAGCAUCAACAAAAAACACGGUAAUCUUAAACAGAGCUCUUUCUUUCACGAGGUAUCCUAAUUACGUAAGACACUCUCGGAGCAGAAUUAAACUAUGAAUAUCAGAGCCCAAAAUGAUAAAGGUGUACAAAAAAGAGGUGUUCUGUGCUGUGGUUAGUGAAAUGAUUACUGCACAAGUGCUUUUUAUAUCAAAAUGCAAAAGGAUGUAUGCGAUAAUUACGUGUCGCUUCAGAAAAUAACUCGUGAUCUAUACUUCAGUCCAAAAUUCUGUACAAUACUAUUGGAUAGUGGAAAUUAUAUUGUAUUAUAAGCAUAUUAUAUAUAUAUGCUUAUUUACUUAAUUAGUUUGUUUUAUUCGUUCAAUUUUCGCUGUUUUUAUAUACAUAUAAAACUGCAAGAAACCUGCAAUUUUAAUCACACUAUAUUCGGUUCUCUUUUAGUAAAGAUUGUAUACACAGGGUGCAUGCAAAAAUAUAGCGAAUACCGAUCAAUAACAAUAUAUAAUACAUUAUGUUAACGAUUGUUGAUUUCUUAAUAAUUAAAACUUCAACAAAACUUUAGCUAUGCGAUUUUAUAAGGAUUUUUAAUAGAUUUGAUUUUAUUCUCAUUGAAAUUCAGAAGAUAAGUUAAACGACUUAAUAUGUUUCAGGCAUAUCUCUCGACUAUACAUUUCUUCAUUUGUUUAUAAUAAAUGUGUUAUUUUUUUAAAUUUAAAAUAGAGAUAAUACAAUAAUAUCAAUAGAGACAAGAAUAACGAAAAAAAAGAUAUGUUUAUCGUUGCUCAAUGAAAUAUCUGCUCCGUGUAAUGCGUGACUCUUUCUUGAAUUUCAGAAAGAACUGCAUAUUUUGUAUAUAAUAGGAUAUGAUUUCAAAUUGUAAAUAUUAAAGAGUUGGCUGAUUAACACAUCACACAAUAUUUGAAAUUAACGAAAAGAUACAUUGUAGAGAUCUGUAUACAUGACACACACAUACACAUACACACAUUAUAUAUAUAUUAAACGAUCAUUUUCCAAACACAGUAAUUAAUAAUGCUUGAAUAAACUAUGCACUUCAUAUAUAUUUUAAUUUACUUUGCAGUACCCUGCUUUUAAAUUGAUUUUACUUGGAAUUGCGAUUAUCGAUUUCUUGCAGUGUUUAUCAGAGGUAUUUGUAAAGCGUGAACAACUUCUAAUCUCUAUCUUAUAGAUGAUACGACGCGUGAAAUAAAGACGCCGUCGCUCUUUAUAUUGUGUGACCCGAACUCGCGACCCAUUAUUUGGUUAAAGUCUUUGUGCACGUAAUAAGGAAAAAAAGUUAAUUGAUUGUGUCAAUUUUCAAACAAGAGUAUUUAAAAAAGUGCCUUGAGACGUUAACGCAGACGGGACCUAAAUUGAAGAAUACAGCGGAGUAAAGCUGUAGGUCGGAGUGAGGCCAGGACACUUCUCUAGUUCAUAAGUUCUCUAUAAGUACUGUAUUAAAGUAUAAUAAAUUAAUAAUAACUGAUAGAGAAGACGACAACUGUUCCUUUGCUCUUUAUAGGAUACAAACCGUAACUUCUCUUUGUAAUGGAUAUAUUUAUCACACACAUUCUCUCGGUAGUUUUUAUAUAAUGAUAAAUGAAUUAUAAACGUAACGGCGGUAAGUCUUAUGAUAAAAAUCACACAUAUAUGCUUAAGUCUCGAUAUUGUAUAAACUGAUAAGAGGUAAGAUAUAACUAUAUUGGUGCUUUAAUAUAGAUGAAGUUUAUAGAAACUUCAUUAUUAAACCGAAAAUGUAGUUUCUAUUGUAUUUCUGUCAUUUUAUUUAUUUAUCCAAGACCUUUAUUUCUGGAGUUUACAAUAUAUGUUUGUGGAUUAGCAUUUAUAUUUCUUUCUUUUUUAUACCUGUCUCUCGAAUUAAAUAUAAUUAGCAAACAAAAUGUACGUGUACGUAGUGGUUUGGAAUUUACAAUCGUAACUCUGAAUAAAGCUUAAAAUAAGGCGUAAAUCUAUAAAUCAUUUUAAAAGAUAGCAAUAUUAAAUUUAUUGAUGUAAUUGUGGCGUAAGUGUGUGCGUAAAAAAUAAGUAAAAACAAUUAUUUCUUUUGAAUAUUUAAAUACAGCUUAUUUUAUAAUUAUCUUCUUAUUUCAAACAGCAAUUAUUCACUAUUGUGAAUUCUUAAAUGUAUAUAGAGAUUCAUUAGAGGGACAUGUAUGAUAUUACUUAAAUAUUCCGAGAAAGAAGAAUUGGUAACACAUUUAAUACAUUUUGUUGUAGAUAUUUCUGUGAUUUUUGCAUGUAUCGAUUUUUCUAAACUACAUUGAGAUAUGCUCAAUUAUUUUACAUAGACUGUACAAGCGUGACGUUUAAAAUAUAUUCUCUUUUCAACGUUUUUAGUGUAAUUAUGAAAAAUAAUAAAUUAAAUUUUGUAGUGUAUAAAAAAUUUCACGAUUGUAUUGUAAUCUCGUAAUUGUUAGCGACUGCUCUGUAAGGUGUUUGUACUUGUACAUAGAGCAAAACGAACCUAUCUCCUCUCUUAGUGUGAAAUAAAUUUGAACUUGUUUCAUAAAAACAUC